GGACGCUGGAGGAUCCCCGACGCGGUUCCGCGUGGAGAGAGGCCCGCCGCGCCGAGCCCAGCCAGUCCGCGGAGAAGAAGGGGGAGGUCGGCCGCGGGCUCGCCGCGGGCCGCGGUCAUGAUGGUCCACUGCGCCGGCUGCGAGCGGCCCAUCCUGGACCGGUUCCUGCUCAACGUGCUCGACCGGGCCUGGCACGCCAAGUGCGUGCAGUGCUGCGAGUGCAGCUGCAAGCUGACCGACAAGUGCUUCUCGCGGGACGGAAAGCUCUUCUGCAAGCUCGACUUCUUCCGGCGCUUCGGUACCAAGUGCGCCGGCUGCCUGCAGGGCAUCUCGCCCAGCGACCUGGUGCGCAAGGCGCGCAGCAAGGUGUUCCACCUCAACUGCUUCACCUGCAUGGUGUGCCACAAGCAGCUGUCCACCGGCGAGGAGCUCUACGUCGUCGACGAGAACAAGUUCGUGUGCAAGGACGACUACCUGAGCUCGGCCGCCAUCAAGGAGGUCAGCCUCAACUCAGUGUCGUCGUGCACGGACCGGAGCCUGUCGCCGGACGCGCAGGACGGCGGCGGCCUGCACGACGAGCUGAAGGAGGCGGACAACUGCACGUCGUCGGACAAGGAGAGCAACAACAUCGAGAACGAGGAGCAGAACUCGGGCGCCAAGCGGCGCGGCCCGCGCACCACCAUCAAGGCCAAGCAGCUGGAGACCCUCAAGGCCGCUUUCGUGGCCACGCCCAAGCCCACGCGUCACAUCCGGGAACAGCUGGCGCAGGAGACCGGCCUCAACAUGCGCGUCAUCCAGGUCUGGUUCCAGAACCGAAGAUCCAAGGAGCGGCGGAUGAAGCAGCUCAGCGCUUUGGGGGCCCGCAGACACGCCUUCUUUCGGGGCCCGAGGAGGAUGAGGACCCUGGGGGGCCGGCUGGAGGACCCGGACAUCUUGGGACCGGCUGCCUACGGCUACUAUGGGGAGUACCAAGGGGACUACUACGCAGCGGGCGGCAACUACGACUUCUUCCCGCACGGUCCCCCGUCGUCGCAGGGCCAGUCGCCCGCCGACUCCCCCUACAUCCUGGGCUCGGGCCCCGGGGCCCCGGAGGGCUCGGGCCACCUGCCCUCGGACGACCAAAGGUUCACGGACAUGAUCUCCCACGCCGAGACGCCCAGUCCCGAGCCGGGCUCCCUGCAGCCGGCGGCGGGGGAGGCGUACGGGGGCGGGCCCAGCCCUCCUUUCUCCCUGGCCGCUAACUACGGCGCCCCCGCGUCCCACCGAGGCCCCGAGAUGGGCGAGGCCGGGGCCUGGUGAAGCCCUCCGCGGCCGGCCCGGAGCGGACCGGCUCGCGGCCGACCGCCGGCUUGACGUCCCGCGCCGGCUUCGCCGCGCUCCGGCCGUCGGCGACGGCGGCUUUCAAUCCGUCGCGUCCCGUCAAAGGCCACGCCGGAGGGACUUUCCUUUGCGUCAAGUUCAUUUCUUGCAUCUGAAAGCCAAACGGCAGCCCGCAUAGCCGCUAAUUUGGAGCCUGGGAGGCGCGCGUCCCACGAGGGACUCCAGCCCCCUCCUGCCUUUCCCGCAUCCCAAACCUAAACCGCCGUCCCCCCCCACCGCCUGUGCCGUAAAGCCUCAAUCUCGGACAGACCAGUAUCCCUGACCCUUUUCCUAUCAUUCCUUUUCAGCUCCUCUCCCAUCACGCGGCCGUGAGACGCGCCACCGUUCUCGGGAGGGUCGCCUAUCCCGGCCGACCUCGGGCCGGGAGGCGGGGCGCCCCCUCCAUCGGUUGCCGGGCGAUCGCGGGGCACGCGCAGACGCUCGCCAUCACACCUUGGGAGCAUUUCCGGCAGGGGGAGGGAGCUUGGCGAGCUCUCCGGAAUCCACCGUCCGCCGAUCGAAUUGAUCCCGACCGUCUCCGCCGACGGUUUGAAUCAGUGUCGGGAGAGCGGGAGACGGCUCUGGAGGAAGCCCACUUGCCGUUUGGGGCAAAUGCGCGGCCAAAGAUGCCGAGCUCAUUCGGAUUUGGGUUCCCGUUGCAAAAGGGCGGCUUCAUUAUCCGGACCCGGCUCCCGAUUUGGGCGCCAUUUUGGACUGUUUUUUUUUUUCACGGCAAAAACUGUGCCCUUUCGGGCUGAGGCUUGAAAUGCCGCUCAAUGCCAAUCGGGUUUGGGUCACUUUGACCCACCCGACGCGUUGGCCCUAAAGAAGCCCCCAAUGCUCCCUUUCAGCGUUCUAGCCGGGAAAUGCGCAUUUUUGGAGCGAUGGUGGCGAACGGAGGGAACGAUGCCGCGCGCCUGCCCCUUUGUACCACGACGUGAUGAUCAGAUGUUAAAACAAGAGCGUCUUAGCCUUUAUUCCCACGCGCGCGAGUGCGCGCACGCAUACUCGGGCGGCGCUGAUUGUCGCGGCCGCCUGCGGCCGACCUUCCCUUUGUUCGGCUCCCUUUUUCACAAGACAUGUUUUAAUGGAAAUGAUUUUCAAAAGCACACUGAGGCCAUAAUAGCGAAUCUCCUUCAACAGCUGAGGUCUCCCGCCUCUUAAAGGGGGCCGACAAAAGAGGGGCCACGCAACAUCUGUUGAGGACCGCACACCGCACCCCCUCCGUAGGUCCUCGACUGCACCGUGCACCCCCGCCCCCAUCCCAUCCCACCUCACCGCAAAGCUCCGUCGUCGGGCCUGAAGCGCCACCUAGCGUGCGCCGCCCUUCUCCCGUCCCGCCCGCCUCUCGGCUCCAAUGUUCAUUCCCCCCGACAUGGUCGAGUCUUUUCUUUGCCGGUGGCCUCCAAUCUGCUUGGAUGGCUGUGCGCGUGUGCGCGUGCAUGUUGGACGGCUUGUCUUAUUUCUAUGUAAAUAGCGCUGGUAAUAAAACCUGUCUCUUACAAUUUGAA